ACAGUUGGAGUUGCUAAAAGUAAUUGAAACACUUCAAUUUUUAAAAUCUACAUUUCACUUUGAUGGUUACUUAAUUUUUAUUUUUUUAUCAUGUCUUCUUUGUAUUCUAAUUUUUAUUUUUAAUUUUUGAAUAGGUUGCCGAGACCCGAUUUGCAUCCAACACAAUCGUCUUGAGGCGACUUGUGAAGGUGCGACAGCCACUUGCUAGCAUGGUAAUUAGUCAAAGUUGGUCCCUAUGGAGGCAAUCCAAUACUGAAAGGGCAGCAAAUGUAAAGUGCAUGAUCCUAGAUGACACUUGGUGGGAUCGAGUGGAAUAUCUUUUGAGUUUCACUGAGCCCAUCAUGAGUAUGAUCCGUUAUACUGACAUGGAUCACCCAUGUUUGGGAGAGGUAUAUGAUGGCAUUGACUCGAUGAUUGAGAAAAUGAAAGCCAUCAUCAAUGCAAAAGAGCAAGAUCCCGAAGAAACUUUCUUCAAAGAGGUUCAAUCAAUUUGUGUUGAGUGGUGGAACAAAAUGACCACCCCACUACAUCUUCUUGCAUUUGCAUUGACUCCCAAAUUUUAUAGUGAUGAAAUGCUUGCUAAGCCAUCAAGGGUACCAUCAUAUAGAGAUUCAGAAGUCAGUGAAGGGUGUAGGACAGCACUUACUAAACUCUUCCCAGAUUUUGAAAUGGAGGAUUUAAUGACAAGUGAGUUUGCUGAUUUUGUAGCCUCCAAUGGUCAAAGUGUUUCCGCUCUCCGUGACAAGUAUAAAAAGGAUUCUCAUGCUUGGUGGUACCUCAAUGGCCAUACAUCACCAAACCUUCAAACUCUUGCAAUCAAAGUUUUAUCGCAAGUUGCUAGUUCCUCUUCAUCUGAGCGAAAUUGGAGCACAUACUCCUUUAUCCACUCAGUGAAACGCAACCAACUGGCAGCAAGUAAGGCAGAAGAGCUCGUUUAUGUGCAUUCCAACUUGCGCCUUCUUACUCAUAAACAAAAUGAGUAUAAGGAUGGGAGCACAAAGUUUUGGGAUGUAGAUCCAGAGCGAACUGAUUUGGAUUUUUCAGCUGCCACACAAUCUUUACUUUCUGGGGAGUCUGAUAGCCAAUGUGCUGCUAGUGCAAGUGGCAGUGAGGCUGCAUGUGGUUCCAGUACUCUACCUACAUCAUCUAAUGUCAAUGAUGAUGUUGAUCUUGAUCUUCCUAGUGACCCAUAUGAUGCUAUUGCUGAUUAUUAGUUGUGUUAUUUUAUUGUUGAACGGUUGAGCCAGUGAACAAUGAAUUCGAUAUCUAUCAUAACAUUCAAAGUUUGUAAUUUUGUUAUAGACUUAUAGUUAUAUCAAUAUGAAUCAUAUAUGAUAGUUCCAAGUUUUGUUUAGCAUAUAGAUGAUAUGUGGGAUUUUAAAUUUAAUUUUUGUUUCUACUUAUUAGAGUGUAUAUAUGUAUAUAUUUAUGAUUUUUACAUUUUUUUGUACGGACGUACCCAUACGUACCCAGGCCCCCCCUAAAAAAAUGCCGUACCAGCAUACCGUACCCACGUACCCGUACCCGUACCGGCAACCUAGUUAUUAAUCAUCUUUUUUUUUUGUAAUUUACUAUCAAGAAGAUUUUAGGCUCUAAAAUAGGUUGUAAUUUUGAUGCAUACCCAGUGUAUACUAAAUAUUAAUUCCUGAAUUAUAACAGUACUAUUGACACAGCCAUGUUAUGCAGUACGUAAUUGCAAAUUGCGUCUAUCAGAAUGAUUUUUACAAUCUUAAUAUUACAGCUUAGUGUGGGAACUUUUACAGCAUGAAAUCUCUAUUGGAUGAGGAUCUGCCAAUCCAUCUUCAACAAGCACAAUGUUUUGCUAUGUUGAUACGAAGGUGUGCAAAUAUAUAGUGAUUAAUACAUUUCAAAUAGAAUAGAGAAGCGAGG